AUGGCCCCCUCGAGAACCUCAGUAACUUCCUUCUCAACCGCGGUAAUCACCCAACGCAACCAAGAAGACCUGGCCAAAUCCAAGACCCUCCACGGCCAUACCUUCCAGGACAACCACCACCAAGACUCCUUCCUCUCCAAGCUCAACAAGAAGGACCGUGAUUUCCAACCCGCCGUCGUCGACAAGUACCUUGACAACUGGAAGGAGGAUCGACCAGAGCUGGAGACGGAGAAGGACAAAGCUCAACGACAGACUGCUUAUAAGGCUGUGGCGAAUUCGUUUUAUGACCUCGCGACUGAUUUCUAUGAGUACGGUUGGGGAACAUCGUUUCACUUUUGCAGGUUCCACCCUCGCGAGCCCUUCCACCAGGCCAUCGCCCGCCAUGAACACUACCUUGCCGCCAACAUGGGUAUCCAGCCUCACCACCGCGUCCUCGACAUUGGCUGUGGAGUCGGUGGACCCGCCCGUGAGAUUGGUCAUUUCACCGGUGCCCACAUCACCGGUCUCAACAACAACGAUUACCAGAUCGCCCGUGCCAGACGCUACGCCGUCUCUGCGGGGCUUGACAAGCGCUCGGAUUUCGUCAAGGGCGAUUUCAUGAACAUGCCCAUUGACGAUAACUCGUACGACGCCUGCUAUGCCAUCGAGGCUACCGUCCAUGCCUCGACUCUUGAAGGUGUCUAUGGCGAGGCUUACAGGAUCCUGAAACCCGGUGGAGUCUUUGGAUGCUACGAAUGGGUCAUGACCGACAAGUACGACCCCACCAACGCGGACCACCUCCGCAUCGUCCGCGGCCUCGAAGUCGGCAACGGCAUCGCCCAGAUGCUCACCGUCAAGGACUGUCUCAAGGCCCUCAAAACCGUCGGCUUCACGAUCGAGAGGAACGAGGACAUGGGCGAGACCGACGACAAUAUCAAGUGGUACUACCCUCUCCAAGGCGAUAUCCGUCAGGCGAAUGCCUUCUGGGAUUACUUGACGGUCCUCCGGACCACGACCGCUGGACGUGCCGCGACAACGUACAUGGUCAGGACUUUGGAGUCGUUGGGUUUGGUCGCUCCUGGUAGUGCCAAGGUGUCGACUAUCCUGCAGACUGCUGCCGAUUCUGUUCUUGAGGGUGCGCUUUUGGGUAUUUUCACGCCCAUGUACUUUUUCGUCGCUCGCAAGCCCUUGACCGCCUCCCAAUAA